CGAGUAUAUUAGUUUCUCUCUUUCUCUCUCUCUCUCUUUUUUCUUUUGUUUGGUUUUUCACUCAUCAUUAACAAGUAAGUUGUUAAAAUUAAUUAAUCUAAUGUUUAAAUGAGUUACUAUGCAGUAAAGUUUUGUAAUUUCUUCAAAGUGUAAACUAAAUAUGGAUUGGAUCUAUCUCAUUCGUGUUAUAUUUGGUUUAUUUCUAAUGAAACAACUCAUCUCUCUUCUAUACAUCAUAUUCAUUUAUACAAUUGGAAAGAGAUUAUUCUCUAAAAGGAAAUUAUUAAAACAAGCUGGUGAAUGGGCAAUUGUCACUGGUGCAACAGAUGGAAUUGGUAAAGUAUAUGCAGAAGAAUUAGCUAAUGAUGGUUUAAAAAUUAUGUUGAUUAGUAGAAAUGAAGAGAAACUUUUGAAUGUUGCUAAUGAGAUUGAACGUAAUUAUCAUGUAGAGACAAGAAUAGUAACAGCUGAUUUCACAAAGACUGAUGUCUAUCAAAGAAUACAAGAAGCUAUAGAUCAGUUAUCAUCAAUUGCUUGUUUAGUCAAUAAUGUUGGUAUGGGUGUUCCUAAAUUAGACUAUUACGCAACAGCAGAUUAUAUAACUAUAGAUUUUAUUAAAAACAUCGUUUUUUGUAAUACUUUACCUAUUGCUAUGAUGACCCAUAUAGUCUUACCGAAAAUGUUAAAACAACCCACAAAUGGGAUGGCUAUCAUUAAUAUUGGAUCACAUUCUGGUUAUAGACCAUUUCCAUUUUUAUCAUUAUAUUCAGCAACAAAAUCAUUUGUAAAUCAAUUAUCUAGAUCCAUAUCGAAUGAGAACUAUGAUCAUCGUAUUCAUAUACAAACAGUUUGUCCAAUGUUUGUAUCUACAGCAAUGAAUGGUUAUUGUAAAAUGUCAUUAUUUGUACCAAAUGCAAAAGACUAUGGGAAAUGUGCAUUAGAUAUGUUAGGUGUUGAACAAGAAACAUUUGGUUAUAUAGGGCAUGCAAUUAAAGAAUAUUUCACUAGUUUAUUACCAAAUUCAAUUUGGAGAUAUUAUAUGUUAUUUAUGAAAUCAUGGUUUGACAAACAUAAAAAACAAUAA